AUGGCACCGAACAACGAUGAUGACCACGGCCAAUUCUCGGAUCGGAAAGAACACACAGUGACCCUUCCCUCUGGCCAAAGCUUCACUGCAACUGGUGCCACCGAAUCAUCGGGCUCUGAUCGACAGGUAACAUCGGGGAAGUCAUGGAAGCCGACACUCGGUCGUCAACCGAGCUGGAGUCACCAAGAUCGCAAACACCAGCUACAAGAACGAUUGCUCGCGUCGGAACAGGGGAAGGAGUCAGGUCCGCCAUCACCUCCGCUCCGCCCUGGACCUUUGGAGACCUUACCUGGACUUCACCUUCUCUUCCUCUCCCCUCUCUCUGACUACAACUCAACCUUGGACUUCGUCUUUUCAGAUACCCAAUGUGGCGUACAAGUCACCUAUGCGCUUUCCUCCACAUUCAGACAGGACCCCAUUGAGCUUCGGUCCUUGACAAUCAUGGAUCGCCAACGAAAAAGAGAGCUUCGCGACCUCAACGAGCGUGCCUGGGCUGGUGAAUCUGAUGUAUUCACGACUAGCAAAUCGCUUGAUUCAGCCCUCAAGAAGAACACCGCAUUCAUCAAACGUCUACGCACCGGCAUCAGUGCCUCCGCCCUUUCGACUUUCCUCGCCGAUAUCCGCACCCUUUCCCUCCACAAGUACCUUUCCGAGAUCAUCUCCGCCUGCUACGAAGGCCUCUGCAAGCUAAAAUCCCCCGGCGAAAUUGCAGCCGGAGUAGAAAUUGUCAGCGCGCUGCACCAACGUUUUGGUCCAUGGGAGUUUACACGACAAAUCGGCUGGCUGCUCGGCCGCGGAUUGAGCACACCGGAUAAAGCGCAGCUGAAAGCUCUGACUCAGGAGAUUCGCGAACGCGAAGAGAAGGACCGACUGUCUCGGCACCGCGUUCUUCUCCGCGUCGUCACCGAGCUUUGGCUGGUCAAUGUUCUGAAGACCCUCGAUGACGUCGAGCGGCCCGAGGAUCUUGGUGCGAAGGGCAAAGAGGGUGCAGUUGGCAUUGGAGGCAAAACAAUCGAUACACCGCUGAAAGCAAAGACGCCCUCUGCGGCCGCGAAAGAUCAAGACAAGCAGGCUGAACCGUUCCCGUUGGAGGUUCUGAAGGAAUUGCUCGGCCAUGACCGUGAUCAUACGAACCUGCCCCUUGCAGUCUUGUUUGUGAAGAGCUUCAGCUGGGAUAUUGUUGGCUCGAAGCUUGCUGAAGAAGGCAGGAAGACUGUGGAGGCUGACGGCGCUACUACGACUGCUGGCGCGGAGACGCAGACAACAGAGACCAAUGGACACAACGCUGAUUCUGACCUGCCCUUGACUCCAGAGAAGACUCAGCAGCGAUUCAGGAACAUCUUGACCCGAUACCUCGAGGAUGUCAAAGCGCAUGUGAUUCGAGACCAGAGAGCACUAGCACAGCAGAAUCGCCGCAACGCCGAAGCGUACGUGAAGAGUGGUGAGAUCUUCGAGGACCGCCAGGCGAAUUUCGAGAAGCAGUCCAAGGUGUUGGAAAAGCUCAUUGCCAAUACCCAGGUGCUGUGCGAGGCUCUAGGAGCUGAGAUGCCUAGCUUGGCUGAAAAGGAGCCUAGCGAUGCUUCUGCCAGUGGUGGCAUUGGGCUUGUUAAGACCACUGACUACCUCCGAGGCCAAGGCGAAGGCGCUGGGAUCUGGGAGGAUGAAGAAGAGAGACGAUUUUACGAGAAUCUCGUCGAUCUGAAGGGCAAGGGCGAAGCCGAGGAGUCGGCCAAAAAGAAGCCCGAUGGCGAAACCAGCGAGGCUGCCGAGCCUUCAGAUGAGAAGGCUGCUGCCGAGGCAGAUGAUCAGUCAACUGCAAUUGCCAGCAAGACGGUGGGUGCGCAGGUGGACGCUCUCCUCUCCAAGCUUCCCGAACUGCAGACCAAAGACCAGGUUGAUCAGUUCGCCCUGGACUUCUGCUGGGUUAACUCCAAAGCCUCGCGAAACAGGCUGGUCAAAGCUGUCUCGGACAUCCCCAAGGGUCGCUCUGAUCUCUUGCCUCUUUAUUCCCGCUUGGUGGCAACGCUUGGCCAGUACCUGCCAGACAUCCCUCAAGGACUGACGACCUACCUCGACGAGGAGUUCCGAAGCCUGCAGCGACGCAAGUCCAAAGAGUUCUUGGGUCAAGUACGCAUGGCCAAUGUGCGAUACCUGGCUGAAUUGACCAAGUUUGGAGUGGUUCCGGAGCACAUCAUCUUCCACUGUUUCAAGGUCUCACUCGACGAAUUUUCGCGCAUGAACAUUGAAAUCAUUGGCAAUUUGCUGGAGAAUUGCGGCCGUUACCUGCUGCGCAAUCCUGAAACAUCGCCCCGGAUGGCGUCUUUCCUCGAGACUUUGAGCCGCAAGAAGACCGUCCAACAUCUAGCUCAGCAGGAACGCAUGGUCAUUGAAAAUGCCAUUUACUAUGUCGACCCGCCACCACGCCCCGCGAUCCAGCAAAAGGAACGUACGCCCAUGGAGCAGUAUAUCCGCCGAUUGAUCUAUUUGGAUAUGAACAAGCGGAACUACACAAAGAUCUUGAAGUCCAUUCGCAAACUUCACUGGGAGGAGCCUGAGGUCGUCGAGAUUCUGGAAAGCGUGUUCAGCAAACCGGUCAAGGUGAAAUAUGGCAGCAUUCACCUUUUGGCAAUCCUUGUCAGUGCUUUGUACCGGUACCAUCAGGAUUUUGUGAUCGGCAUUGUGGACAAUAUUCUGGAGCAGGUUACUCUUGGCCUUGAGCAGAACGACUUCAAGUUUAACCAGAAGCGCAUUGCAGAGAUCAAGUACUUGGGUGAGCUUUACAACUACAAGAUGGUUGAUUCCCCGGUCAUCUUCGACACGCUGUACCGCAUUAUCACCUUCGGCCAUGAAGGUGGCACCCCUGCCCCUGGUAAGAUUAACAUGCUGGACUUACCGGAUGACUACUUCCGCGUGCGUUUGGCGUGCACCCUUCUUGAUACGUGUGGCCACUGCUUUGACCGUGGCUCGGCUAAGAAAAAGCUGGAUUUCUUCCUUGCUUUCUUCCAGUACUACUUAUUUACCAAGGACCCGUUACCCAUGGAUAUCGACUUCCUCGUGCAGGACACUUACCAUUCCAUUCGGCCGCAGUGGAUAAUCGCUACCCAGGCUGAAGAAGCGACCCGCAUCUUCAGUGAAGCUGUGGCCCAGAACUACAACCAGCCGGAGUCGGAGCGGCCCAUUGAGGCCGAGGCUGACGAAGAGGAGGUGGAAAGCAGUUCGUCUGACGAGGACAUGGAGGAGGACGCGAUUCCCGAAAUCGAGGACGACCAGGAAUCCAGCGACGAGGCCGAUGUAGGUCCCCCAUCUCGUCUGCAAUCAGUACGGCACAUUAACGCAUUCCCGUCGAAGGCAUCUGGACCCAAUCCCGAGGGCAAUGACGAAAGCGAGAGCGAGUCCGAAAAUGAACAGAUCGUUGUCACCCGACAAGAAGAGGAGCGAGACCCAGUGACCGAGGCUGAGUUUGAUCGAGAAUUCGAGAAAAUGAUGGCCGAGAGCAUGGACUCGCGACGGUUCGAACGCAAGACCGUCUUCGACAUUCCUCUGCCGAUGAAGCGCCCUCGCGAGAAUAUGGCCGCUGAUUCUAGCCCUGAGCCAGCCCCCGCUCAGCCAGUUGCGCCCAGCACAAUGGCCUUCUCCCUGAUGACAAAGAAGGGCAACAAGCAACAGACGCGCACGAUCGACCUCCCGUCGGACUCGACCUUUGCCAUUGCCAUGCGCAGCCAGCAACAAGCCGACCGCGAAGAGCAACAACGCAUCAAGAACCUAGUCCUGAACUACGAGGCAUCGACUGAACCCGAGCCCACUGAGAGUGAGCAAUACCCCCUGAUGAACCGAAGGAUCUUCGAACUGAGACAAUCCCGUCAAGGCCCCCAGGAGAAACGCGCGCCGACAAGCCAACGCAUGGACAAAGCCGGUGCCAACCGGUCUGCCUUCCGUUCCCGCAAGCUCCAGCUCAGCGACGUCAAUUGGUAA